GUGAUGGCAUUAUCUAACACUGGUCAACAGGUUAGUAUAUAUAGAGCCAUAAGUCUGAAAUACUUGACAUCAGACCUUACGACCUCAGACAAUGAACUCCACAUUCGCUCUAGUUUUGGUAGGCCUCAUGGCGGCCGUUGUGUACGGCGAGGUUUGCAAGAGCAAGACUGACUGUGCGGACACUACUUGUCAAAGCGGUAUGGUCGAAUGUGUCGCGAUCGCCAGUAACCACUUGUGCACGUGCAUUCACAGCAAUACCCACAAUAUUGCGUGUUCUGCAAGGGCUGACUGUCAGAUGGACUCUGUAACAAUGGACUGUGAUGCCAGCAUGAGGCACUGUUAUGACGAGACCUGUCGCUGUGAGGGUCAUGGACACAACCAUGGAAUGUUUACCCAUCCACCUCAUCCUACCCACCGUCCCCAUGGCGGAGCUCAUUAGAGGACAAUACUUCCCCGUUGAGCCUUUGUUAUCUGCCAAUGUAGCACGACUCUGAGCCUACGUUAUGGACAAACAUGGAAAUUUUAGCCGAAUUUUCAUUAUUAUAUCUUUUACAUUGUUGUAAAACUGAAAAUUAAAUUUAAGUCAUUCAUUAAACUGUUUAUUCUUA